CUGGACCUGUUUGGGGACCAUCAGUUGUAGUGGGCUUGAGUAAUGCCUGUCUCUUACAACCGAGUCUGAGCCUCAGUAGAUCAUUUCUAAAUUCAGGUGUACAGCAUGGUGUUUUUCACACCGGUUCCCUCUCUUUCAGCCUAAGAGCAAGCUGGGCUCAAAAUGGCUGGUGGGCUGCAAAUGUGCUGAGAUAUGAUGAAGAAACCUGCUUUACAGGAAAAGCUGCUCAGAAAACAAAGACAGAUCGUGCCGAUUUUUGGAUUAACCCAGGAUGCAUUGGCCGCCGGCGUCCGUCGUCUACCUUCUCCAUGUCAUCACUCCGCUUGCGUUUGCCGGAAAGGUUCUGGUCUUCCCGCAUGACGGCAGCCACUGGGUGAACAUGAAGGUGCUUGUCGAGGAGCUGCACUCGCGGGGACACCACGUGACGGUCGUCCGGCCCGCAGACAGCUGGUACAUCAGUGAGACGGCUCCGCAUUAUGAGACCAUCACGGUGAACGUCGAGGCCGGCGGCGACGAGGAUUUUUACCGUCUCUUUGUCGCUGAGGUCAUCAGAAUUAAAAGAAGCAAUGGGUCCGCCUGGAGCCGCUUUGCCUUGGACAUGGAGUUGAAAGACAAGUUCUCUGAAUUGCACAGAAAGGUGUGUGAGAUGAUUGUGCACAUAUUUGAAAGUAAAGAGUUAACGAAGGCCCUCCGGGAAGCGGAAUAUGACGCCGUUUUGACCGACCCUGUGAAUGGAGGUGGUGUGUUUCUGGCUCACUACCUGGGCCUGCCGAUGGUGUUCAAUGCUCGCUGGACUGUUCAUGGAGAGGCACAUUUUGCUAUUGCGCCUUCACCUCUUUCCUACGUCCCACUUCCCCCGUCAGAGCUUACAGAUCAAAUGACCUUCUUUGAGAGGGUGAAGAACAUGAUUUUCUACCACAUGAGGAUGCAUCUGUACAAGCAGGUGGUUGCACCACAUUACUCUCCUUUGUCUAAACGCUACUUUGGCCCAGAUGUGGACUACUUCUCGCUGUUUCAAGCCGCCGACCUGUGGCUCAUGAGAGUGGACUUUGUGUUCGAGUUCCCUCGCCCCACCAUGCCAAAUGUCGUCUACAUGGGAGGGUUCCAGUGUAAGCCUGCAAGACCUCUUCCUCAGCACUUGGAGGAGUUUGUGCAGAGCGCUGGAGAGCACGGAGUCAUCCUAAUGUCUCUUGGGACUUUAAUUGGAGAGCUUCCGCAUGACUUGGCAGAUGAAAUUGCUGCUGCUUUUGCAAACUUACCCCAGAAAGUUAUCUGGCGGUACAAGGGUGCCAAACCUCCCUCUUUAGGAAGCAACACUUUAAUGGUAGACUGGAUGCCUCAGAAUGAUCUCCUUGGGCAUCCGAACACCAAGCUUUUUGUAAGUCACGGAGGGACAAAUGGAAUUUACGAGGCUAUCUAUCACGGGGUUCCAAUAGUGGGCAUUCCCUUUGUGUUCGAUCAAGCCGACAAUCUCUCCAGACUCAGAGCUAAAGGAGUUGCAAGAGUUUUGGAUGUGUCAGACUUAAAUGGGAAGUUAUUUCAGCAAACCGUGCAGGAGGUCUUAAACGAGCCAUCUUACAGGACGAACAUGCAGAGACUCUCCCGACUACACAGAGAUCAGCAGGUGCGGCCACUGGAUCGAGCCAUCUUCUGGAUUGAGUAUGUCAUGAGGCACAAAGGUGCUGCUCACCUCCGAACCGAGUCCUACCGCCUGCCCUGGUAUUCCUACUACUCUGUAGAUGUCAUAUUGUUUCUACUUGCGAUUUCUGUACAAGUGCUGUUGAUUUUCUCCUGGUUAUUGUGGCGCUGCUUCCUAUUAUGUUGUAAAAGAAAAGUGAAAUCUGACUGAGCUAGGGACCCACAUUUUGUUAACUGACCAGUGGUUCUACAAGGUUUUUUUUAGACUGUCAUAUGAAAGAGAACCAGUGAGUUUUUGCUAUAUGGCCAUUAAAGUCUCCUUACCAAAGGACAAUAAACUUUAUGAAACAAAACACUGUACAUGUGAUAUAUUAGCAUUGGUUGGGUCGUUGGAGGCUAGAAGCAGUUCUAACACGUGUGAAGGUGAAGUUUGCUCUGCACAUGCUCAGUUACCGUAUCUCACAGCAUCUCGCAAAUCGAUCAACGUAAGGAAGUGUGUUGAACUGGUGUGAAAAAACAUGUGCAGCCAAAGUUUACUAAUGCAUGUGAGGCCCAGCUCCGUGCAUGAGCCGCUGUAGCUCUCUUUGCUGAAUGUUUGUAGAUUCUGAACUGAUGUUUUGAGAAGAUAUUAUCAUUAAUAGUUUCCUCCCUUUAGUACAGACAGAUGUCACAUAUCUCUGUUUGCAGAAAAAAAAACAACAACACGAGGGUGGUGGAAAGUCAGCCAUCUGUUUUAGCUGAUUUUAGUAGUAUAAAUGGAAAAUGUGAAUAUUUGUAGCAUGCAGCGGUAUAUUAAAGGACAUUACAUGUACAAACCUUAACAAGAGGCCGUUAAUUGUGUUGCUGAUUUCUUGUCUGAACAGUGUCUGUAUUGCUGUGCUAAUAAAUGUCCUAACCUAUCAUUAA